GCCUUGCGGCGCUGGGCGGUCGGGGCCCUGCUCCGGGCCGGCCCCAGGUUGACCCCCGGACGACUGAGCCCCGGACUACUGACGCCCCCCGGACGACUCCUACUGCCCCCGGCCCUGCCCGUGGCCUCCUCGGCCUCCUCCUGCCUGCCGGGCCUCCGACACCCACACCGCCGCCCGCUCCUCCUCUUCCUCCUGGGCGCCGCCCCCCGCCGGACCCCGCUGCCUCCCCCGGCCCGCAGAUACAGCCAGGAUACAGACGGUUCCUACCUGGAGCUUCCCCGGCUCCCAGAGUACGAGCUUGCCUCGUCCAGAGCGGAAGAGGAGGCGGAUGACGUGUUUCUCAUCCGGGCCCAAGGGCUUCCGUGGUCCUGCACGGCGGAAGACAUGCUCGGCUUUUUCUCCGACUGCAACAUUCGCAACGGGGAGAACGGAAUACACUUCCUCAUAAACCAAGACGGGAAACGCAGGGGGGACGCGCUGGUGGAGAUGGAGUCGGAAGAGGACGUGCGGCGAGCCCUGGAGAAACACCGGCAGUACAUGGGUCAGCGCUACGUGGAAGUGUAUGAAAUAAACAAUGAAGAUGUGAACGCUUUAAUGAAGAGCCUGCAGGCCAAGUCGUCCCCUGUGGUCAACGACGGAGUGGUCCGCCUCAGAGGCCUCCCGUACAGCUGCAGUGAGAAAGACGUCGUCGACUUCUUUGCAGGUCUGAAUAUCACCGACAUCACGUUUGUCAUGGACCACCGAGGAAGGAGGAAAACGGGGGAGGCCUACGUGCAGUUUGAGGAACCAGAAAUGGCCGAUCAAGCGUUGUUGAAACAUAAGGAAGAAAUUGGCAGUCGGUAUAUCGAGAUUUUUCCCAGUAGAAGGAGUGAGGUCCGAACUCACAUGGGAUCUCACAAGGAGAGGAAAGCAGCUGCCUCUCCAAGGUACGGGGCCAAGCUGGGGUCGGGCUUUGAAGAGCCUGAGGUGAAUGAGGCUCUGCGGCCCAUCGCGACGUGCGAAAUUGAGAAGGAGAUGGAACUGCCUAAGGAGAUGUCGGAGAAACUCCCGGAGCCCGUGGAGUUUGGGGCCCCGCCCUCGUUCCACUUCGUCCAUAUGAGAGGCCUGCCUUUUCAAGCCAACGCUCAAGACAUCGUAAAUUUUUUCUCGCCCCUGAAACCCGUGAGGAUCACGAUGGAAUACAGCUCCAGCGGGAAGUCCACCGGGGAGGCCGACGUGCACUUCGAGAGCCACGAGGACGCUGUCACCGCCAUGGCCAAGGACCGGUCCCACAUCCAGCAUAGGUAUAUCGAACUGUUCCUGAAUUCGUGUCCAAAAGGAAAAUGAAGCGUUCGCGGACACCGGCCCAUCCACGUGGUGACACGGAGGAUGAAGCAAGAAGCAUUUCAUUUACACAUCUUUCCUGGAGAAGGGAGUCCGGCGUUCCUGUUAACUGGCGGCGAUGGGCAGGGUUUGGGCUUGGGGCUUUUGAGGGUUGGGUUUUAUUUGUUUGCUUUUAAAGUUUCCUAGAUGAGAAAUCCCGAAGCUGGCUGCAUUCACGAGAUCGAGUUUGGGAUGGAAAUAAACCACAAAUGUCAA